UGGUCCACCCAUUCCCUGCUGCUGGUCCACCCAUUCCCUGCUGCUGGUCCACCCAUUCCCUGCUGCUGGUCCACCCAUUCCCUGCUGCUGGUCCACCCAUUCCCUGCUGCUGGUCCACCCAUCUCGGUUCUCUCCAACAGGCGGAGUGAGGUAUGGGGUCAGUGCUUGUGGCUGCCUGCCUUCUGGCCCUACUGACAACAGGAGAGGGUCUGAUGUGCUGGGUGUGUCUACCUGAGGUUGAGGGCAGCUUGUUCAGCAAGGAUGCUGCAGUCUUGUGGAUCGCCAACAUCUCCCGUACCUGGGUAGGCCUCACUCAAGAUGACUUCGGCUACUGCCCAGACUUCGACUACAGUGUCAAGUACCAGGGCGCUUGUAAUAGUAGCCUGGGCCUCCCUGCCUGCAUUUACGUUUCUAAUGACUACUGGAUCGCACGUACGUGUGGAGUAGUCCCCAAAGGGAUGGAGAUGGGAGAGUGCCAGACUACGAGGGACUACACUGUCUGCUACUAUGGCAGUGACUACUCCAACAUAGGGAACAGUGGUGUCCCUAUUCUGGGUUCUCACCUUCUGCAGGCACUGCUGCUACUGUUCCUACUGGUGCCAGCCUUCACCGCCGCCUUCUGAACACUUAAACUGUACUCAGAUUGCCAG